UGGUCUGACUGAGCGCUCGGCUCGACGAGCAGCUGGACUGGCACAUGAUCGGCUGAGGCUCGCGCUCCAUAUCUCUAACUCUAGUUCCUUUUGUCUCCCUAUCUCCCUUCUCUCCCUCUGUUUGUUUUUGUCCUGCACUCUGACCAGCCCAGGGUCUCUCUUCACGGCAGAGUUCAGAAUUGCACUACAAUGUCUGCGGUGGCUUCUCUGCUGUAAGCACACAAAGGUUAUGCUGCCCAAAAGCUGUCUGAGUCCUAGUGAGAAAGAGAAGGGCUAAAGCCACAGCAAUCCAAACCAGCUUUCCAGACUUCAGCUUUCCGACUCCGUUGUGGAGCCAUGAGCAACCCCGGCGCUCCCAAACAGAUCACGGAUGCCGUGGCAUUGGUUAUUCACAGUCCAGAGGCUCCUGCCGCCUCUUCGGUACAUGGGCCUACUCACCCUGAAGAGGAAGAUGAUGGUGACCUGAACAAAGCUUUGGGCGUCCAGCGCUUCCAGCAGAUCCUCAGCCCCGCUGCUGCGGUCCCUGAUGAGCAGCACCACAACUACCAUGAGGAAGACAUUGAAUACCACCGUCACUCCUCUCACCACAUCCACCGACCUCUGUCCAAGCUUCCCCCCGAGGGACGCAGGAAGAAAAGCAGCAAGAAAAGGAGAAAGGACAAAGAUCACAAAAGUAUCCAUGUUCUCAGCAGCGGACCCAUAGAGGAGGGAGAAGAUGAGGAGGAGGAGGAGGAGGAAGAGGGGACGGAGACAACUUCUGCACCAGCCGAGUUGGAGAAAGUCAGAGAUGUGGAGUUUUUUGUUUCGGAUGAAGACCAUGUGGCCAGACAAGACAAAGAGAGCCCUCACUCAGGACGUAGGCUGGAUAUCGUACCGCACUCUGGGGUUGGAGGAGAUACUGAAGAUGCAUCUUCCACAGAUAAGCCCGCUUCACUCGACACCUCCAGUCCCACUGCACAGUCAGCGCCACCAGAGCACGCACCACUCACCCGGGUGUCCUCCGCCAGCCGCGGCUACGACCUGCAAGAGCGCCGGCGAACAGGCAACAUGACGGGUGCUGAGCAGGCCAAGUACCAGCGCAUCCCCACUGACGAGAGCGAGGCUCAGACGCUGGCCUCUGCUGACCUGGACGGCAUCAAGAGUCACCGCUUCGAAGAUGUUCCCGGCGUGCGCCGACACCUGGUCAGAAAGAGCACCAAGGGACAAGUGGUGCACAUUGGCAAGGACCACAAAGAGCCGACCACUCGCAGCCGUAAACACGACCGAACCCCACAUGAGUCGUUACCGGUGAUUCUGUACCGUUCUGCCUCGCGGCCAGACGGCGUCCUGCUGGACGUGGAUUCCAUUCAAAUGGCUGAGCCAUACAAGAAGGUGUUUGUGGAGCUGAAUGAGCUGACUAUGGACAAGAACCAAGAGAUGCAGUGGAAGGAAACGGCUCGUUGGAUCAAGUUUGAGGAAGACGUGGAGGAGGAGACGGAUCGAUGGGGGAAACCUCACGUGGCCUCGCUGUCUUUCCGCAGUUUGCUGGAGCUCCGAAAGACCAUCUCACAUGGUGCAGUGCUGCUGGAUCUGGACCAGAAGACCCUGCCUGGCAUCGCUCACCAGGUCGUGGAGCAGAUGAUCAUUUCUGACCAGAUCAAAGCUGAGGACCGAGCCAACGUCCUGAGGGCCCUGCUGCUGAAACACAGUCACCCGAGCGAUGAGAAGGAGCACAGUAGCCCUUUCCCCAGGAACAUCUCGGCAGCCAGCCUGGGCAGUCUGAUAACACAUCACCACAGUGCCAAUCACACCCACCAGCCAGAGCCGUCUGUGACCGACCCGCUCAUGGGCACCACCCACACCACAGGGAACACCGACACACGCAUCGACAUGGAGAAGAACGAGAUGCAGCAGAAGGAGCCGACUUUGCUGUCCGGUAUGCAUCGUUCAAAGUCCAAACAUGAACUGAAGCUGCUGGAGAAGAUUCCUGAAAACGCUGAGGCCACUGUUGUCCUCGUGGGCAGUGUGGACUUCCUGGAGCAGCCCACCAUGGCGUUUGUGCGGCUGCAGGAAGCCGUGGAGCUGGAGUCCGUCCUUGAGGUCCCCGUGCCGGUAAGGUUCCUCUUCGUUCUGCUGGGACCCGCCACCACGAGCAUGGACUACCACCAGAUAGGACGCUCUAUCUCCACACUCAUGUCUGACAAGCAAUUCCACGAGGCAGCCUACCUGGCGGACGACAGGCAGGACCUGCUGAACGCCAUCAACAGCUUUUUGGACUGCAGCAUCGUGCUGCCGCCUUCAGAGAUGGGAGGGGAUGAGCUGCUGCGCUCUGUCGCUCGCUUUCAGAGGGAGAUGCUGCGUAAGAGGGAGGAGCAGGAGGUCAAGCUGUUGGCCAAGGAGCCUAAAAGCCUUAAAGAGAAAGAGGCCCUCCUCACACCCAUGAAAAAGUCAGACGACCCGUUGGAGCGCACCAGACGCCCUUUUGGUGGGAUGAUACAAGACGUGCGACGCCGUUACCCAAAGUACCUCAGCGACUUCAAGGACGCCCUGAACAGUCAGUGCAUGGCUGCCAUUAUCUUUAUCUACUUUGCUGCCCUGUCUCCAGCCAUAACAUUCGGAGGCCUACUGGGUGAGAAGACGGACGGUCUGAUUGGUGUUUCUGAGCUGAUUGUGUCGACAGCAGUGCAAGGUGUGAUCUUCUGCUUGCUCGGAGCACAGCCGCUACUCGUUGUGGGCUUCUCUGGCCCCCUGCUGGUCUUUGAAGAAGCUUUUUAUAGUUUCUGCAAAGCAAACGAUAUGGAGUACUUGACGGGCCGCGUCUGGAUCGGGUUUUGGCUUAUCAUCAUCGUAAUAGUCACAGUUGCCUUCGAGGGAAGCUUCCUGGUCCGCUUCGUCUCCCGCUUCACCCAGGAGAUCUUCUCCUUCCUCAUUUCCCUCAUCUUCAUCUGCGAGACCUUCAUCAAGCUCAUCAAGAUUUUCAAGGAGCACCCGCUGAAGCGCUGUUCCCUCGAUAACAGCACAGAAGGGGGCGCCUCAGCAGAGAACAUCACACUGAUGCUGAGCAACAACACCCAGCCGGUGACGGUGUCGGUCCGAGGCGAGCCCAACACUGCGCUGCUCUCUCUGGUUCUCAUGGCGGGAACAUUUUUCAUCGCUUUUUACCUGCGCAAGUUCAAGAACAGCGCGUUCUUCCCUGGCAGGUUUCGCAGGAUUAUUGGAGAUUUUGGUGUACCAAUUGCCAUCCUCAUCAUGGUCCUGGUGGAUUACAGCAUAAACGACACGUACACACAGAAACUGAGCGUUCCUCGAGGUUUCUCUGUGACGAGUCCCAGUAAGCGUGGCUGGAUCAUCAGUCCUCUGGGCUCCGACGGUGGAUUCCCCAUCUGGAUGAUGUUUGCCUGCUGUUUGCCUGCUCUGCUGGUUUUCAUCCUCAUCUUCAUGGAGACUCAGAUCACCACCCUGAUAGUGAGUAAGAAGGAGCGGAUGCUGGUGAAGGGAUCUGGUUUCCAUCUGGACCUGCUGCUCAUCGUGGUGCUGGGCGGCAGCUCAGCUCUAUUCGGCCUGCCGUGGAUGGCUGCCGCAACCGUUCGCUCUGUAACCCACGUCAACGCCCUGACUGUCAUGAGUAAGGCGGUUGCCCCCGGAGACAAGCCUCGCAUCCAGGAGGUGAAGGAGCAGAGGGUCACCGGGCUCCUGGUGGCCAUCUUGGUUGGUUUGUCCAUCGUGAUAGGCGACCUGCUGCGGCAGAUCCCGCUGGCGGUGCUGUUUGGGAUCUUCCUCUACAUGGGUGUGAUGUCCCUUAAUGGCAUCCAGCUAACAGAGCGGAUGAUGCUGCUACUCAUGCCACCAAAGUAUCACCCUGACCACACUUAUGUACGCAAGGUCCGCACGCUCCGUAUGCAUCUGUUCACCUGCAUCCAGCUGGUGUGUUUGGCGGUCCUGUGGGCUGUAAUGUCGACCCAGGCGUCGCUGGCUUUCCCCUUCGUCCUCAUCCUCACAGUCCCUGUCAAGAUGUUCCUGCUGCGCCGCAUCUUCACAGCCAGAGAGAUGGCAUGCCUGGAUGCGGACGACGCAGAGCCAAAGUUUGACGAGCGCGAGUGUCAGGAUGAGUACUCGGAGAUGCACAUGCCCGUGUAACCCGGAACAAGUUGUCCUGUUACCGCCCAACCACCUCUCACCGGACACCUCCAGCGACCAAUAAGCCCUUCAGACCUGAAACACUCACGGCUUGAUGCCACAUCUCUGCCUGCUCGCUGAGACAUGAACGUACAGCACGUUGGAGGUCUGGUUGGUUGUUACUGUGGUCAAACUUUAGCUAUAAAAGUUGCUUUUUAUCACAUUGCUGAGUGAAAUCCAACUGAGGGGAUCAAACAGAUAGCAGGUGUUCACUCUGUUCACUACUUUUUUUAAAAAAAUAUAUUUUUCAGGGGACAAGAGAUUCCAAAUCAAGUAAUGUGAUCUCGAGCUCAAAAUUAAAUUACAGUAGAUGAUAGAUUUGCAAGACUGAUUAAUUUUUAGCCCUGAAAGGUUGCUCUGAUUCACAUUGAAUAUGUGGAGGAUAUAUGGGAUUUAUUCUUUUACAUUAACAUGCAGAGUUAUUGCGGUUCAAGUUUGUCGCUUUUCAUGUUUUAAGCUCACCAAGCGCCUUAUGAAGGAAAUAAAAAGGUAUAAGGUAUACUACUAAGGUAUGCUACUAUACUAUAAUACUUUUUUUUCAUUCUGCCUUUUCUUUUUUAAGACGGCUGAUCACUUUACCCGUCGCCCCGAAGCUUGUAGCACUUUUGUAAGACACCGAAUCUGAACAAUGACUGUAUUUUAUGUAAUCCUUUUUAUCUCUUUAGGGUCCUCUUGAAUCCCAUAAAUAUCAAUGUAGCUUCUCCUGUGACUGAUUUUUAGCCUGUGCUUCUUUAACCAAACAUGUUGGGGCUCAAAUGCAGCAAGUUGGGCUUUUAUGUUAAAUUAUGUAUCUGCAAUGAAUUAAAAUCACCAACAGAGGGAGAUCUUGCAGCACUGUGAUGAUGAUGUACCGAAAAAGAAAAACGGUACACGAAAAUGCAAUAUUUCAUUACACUAAUGCCAUGACAUCAUGUUUGUCACGUUUUAGUAGAAACUUAACAUUAUAAAUAUACUCUAAAUGUCUCCACGCACAUGUUUAGGGCACUAAUGUAUUAAUGUGGAGUUUGUUUUGAGGUCUCACUUGAUCUAUGGGAAUCACUGUUUAUUGGCUUCUCUGUGUAUGUGCCAAAUGUCUCAUGUAAAUAGUUUGUGAUCAGAACAGUAAGCUGCAGUUCAGCCAUCUCACAUCUCCUAACAUUGCUGUUAGCCUAAAUUAGCAAAAUUUCAUAGUAUAACAUUCCUUCUCUUAUCAUAAUUUUGCUCCUUUUUUUUGGCGUCUGCUAAUUGUUAAACAGUUUAUUCACCCUCAUGUGAAUUUGGUCGACCAAAUUUCCACUCAAGCUGUUUAGACAAUCUCAAUAUUCAUACAUGACAGGGGAAGGGAAGGAUUUUAAAAAUAUAUAUAUAUAUGGUUGUCCUUUUUUUGUUGUUUUGUUUUGUUUCUUGUUUUGUGUCAUGUUGUAUCAGUGUGACAUGGAUUGGUUAAAGCUUUGACUGUGUCAAAUAACUUACAUUUUUGGUCCUCUGUUACUCCUAAGCGUGUAUUUCAGACACUACUUUCCCUUCAUAACUGUCCCAUCACAGCCCAAAGGUCGUUGUGAUCUUGUGCCUGUUCGGUGUCACAAAAUCUCAAAUGUCCCGAGGGACCAUGAAGUGAUCAGCAAGUGUCUGUGGUGUUUCUAAGGACGACACAUGUGUUACAAUAGUUUGCACUUUCAAGACAGUCACAAAUCAAACAUUUCUUCAUUAUUUAUCUGUUGUAAUAUGAGGCAUUACUGCUAUUAUUGCUGUAUUCAGAGGAUGUCACAUAACCAUUUGGCUGCUUCAUGGCCGAGGACAAUGAAGGGGAUGUUAAUGAGAAGUAGGCAGUGGAGUGCAGGGUCAGUUUUAUGUUUGCUUAUCGUGCCUGUGGAUGGAGUGAAGGUAGUUUGCAUAUGCCAAAGUAUCUGUCAAAGUCGUGAAGUGCUGAUACAAUAAAUUGUUCCAUUUCAAAAGCAAUACAAAGUCUGAGAGGAUUUUGCUGAUAUUCCCUUGUACAUUAAUGGUUGAAAUAUUGAUGACAAAUUAAAGUUAUUUUCUAUUUAUCCUG